CACUGCACCACUGAGCUGAACAAGCAACAGCUGUCGGAAGGGAGAAUGUUGCAGCCAGUCUGGAGCUCUAUCCUGGCAAUACUUGGCGUGUUCAUAUUCCAUGUCGGAGAGGUCCGGAGCCAGUGCUGGGAAAGCAAUAGGUGUGCAGACCUCAGCAGUGAAGAUGGCAUUCUGGAAUGUAUCAAAGCCUGCAAGACGGACCUCUCCGCAGAGUCUCCCGUGUUCCCCGGCAACGGCCACAUGCAGCCCCUCUCCGAAAACAUCAGGAAGUAUGUCAUGAGCCACUUCCGCUGGAAUAAAUUUGGCCGAAGGAACAGCACCGGCAGCGACAACAACAACAACGCGGGCUACAAGCGGGAGGAUAUUGCCAACUACCCGAUAUUCAACCUCUUCCCCAACGACGACAACCAGAACGCACAGGAAGGAACUUGGCAAGACGAGGCUGUGGAUAGGCAAGACAGCAAGAGGUCCUAUUCCAUGGAGCACUUUCGAUGGGGGAAGCCCGUCGGCAAGAAGAGGAGGCCUAUCAAGGUGUUCCCCGCCGACGCCGAAGAAGAGUCCUCAGAAAGCUUCCCCCUUGAGCUGAGAAGGGAGCUCUCUCUAGAGCUUGACUAUCCCGACACCAACUCCGAGGAAGAGCUGGAGGACGGUGAGCUGCUGGACGGCCCAGUUAAAAAAGACAGGAAGUAUAAAAUGCACCAUUUCCGAUGGGAAGGGCCGCCCAAGGAUAAGCGGUACGGAGGAUUCAUGACCCCAGAGAGAAGCCAGACGCCUCUAAUGACUCUUUUCAAGAAUGCCAUAAUUAAGAACGCCCACAAAAAGGGCCAGUAGGAGGGG